AGUGGGCGGAGCUAGCGCUGCAUCAGGACCAGUCGCCAGCUUCUGCAUCCCUCGGAGUCGGGAGCAUCCUCAGGGCCGUGGCAGAAGCGCAGCCGCUGCAUCCGCUGAAGGGGCCUCCCUGCGCGCACCGGGCCGUCGCCGCCGCUCCAGUCGCGGGCCGCCAUGGCAGAGAUCGCCAGCGUCCGCCCCAGCUUCGAUGUCUCCCCGAUCGUGGCGGGCCUGAUUGGCGCCACCGUCCUAGUGGUGUCCGUCUCCAUGACGGUCUUCGUGUGGACAUGCUGCCACCAGCACGCGGAAAAGAAGCACAAGACCCCCCCAUACAAGUUCAUCCACAUGCUGAAGGGCAUCAGCAUCUACCCAGAGACCCUGACUAACAAGAAGAAAAUAAUACGGAUCCGGAGAGACAAGACGGGAGCCGCCAGGAAAGACGGAAGAGGGAACCUUCUGGUGGACGCGGCAGAAGCUGGCCUGGUGGGUCCCGACAGGAUCUCCGGCGCAUCUCCCUGCGUCAACCAGCUCCCUAUCAAAGUCGAUUACGGGGACGAGUUGAGCCCGGACCAGAGCUUGACUCCGGCGGGCAGCAAGACUUCCUCUCCCUCUUCCCCAGAAGAAGAGGUCACUUUGGGGACGCUGACCUUCUCCGUGGACUACAACUUCCCCAAGAAAGCUCUGGUCGUGACCAUCCAAGAAGCCCGCGGGUUGCCGGUCAUGGACGAGCAAAACCAAGGCUCCGACCCCUACAUCAAAAUGACAAUCCUGCCCGACAAGAGGCACCGGGUGAAGACGCGCGUCCUCCGCAAGACGCUGGACCCCGUCUUCGACGAGACCUUCACUUUCUACGGGAUCCCCUACAGCCAGCUCCAGGACCUGGUCCUCCACUUCCUGGUGCUGAGCUUCGACCGCUUCUCUCGAGACGACGUCAUCGGGGAGGUGAUGGUGCCGCUCGCCGGCGUGGACCCAAGCACAGGGAAGGUCCAGCUCACCAGGGAGAUAAUCAAAAGGAAUAUACAGAAAUGCGUCAGCAGAGGGGAGCUGCAGGUUUCCUUGUCUUACCAUCCUGUCGCCCAGAGGAUGACUGUGGUGGUUUUGAAGGCAAGACAUCUGCCCAAGAUGGACAUCACCGGCCUCUCAGGUAACCCCUACGUCAAGGUGAACGUGUACUACGGCAGGAAGCGCAUAGCCAAAAAGAAAACUCACGUGAAGAAGUGCACUUUGAACCCUGUCUUCAACGAAUCCUUCAUAUACGACAUCCCCGCGGAUCUCCUCCCUGACGUCAGCAUCGAAUUCCUGGUCAUCGACUUCGACCGCACCACGAAAAACGAAGUGGUGGGCCGGCUGAUCCUGGGAGCGCACAGCGUCACGGCGGGCGGCGUGGAACACUGGCGGGAAGUGUGCGACAGCCCCAGGAAGCAGAUCGCCAAAUGGCACAGCUUGAGCGAAUACUAGCAGGGUGAGCAGAGGGGCGCCGGGCGCUUGCACCAGACGCCCCUGCGCAAACAGACACUUGGCCUUUCAUUUCCUCCUCCUCCUCCUCCUCCUCCUCCUCCCGCCUUCCGUCUUAGUCGUAGAAACUUAAAAGUUUCAGUACGAAGCAGCUGAUCGGUUCUCUCUAGUGAUGUUUAACUUUUGCAGGGCACACUAAAAGUUCUAAAAAAAA